CCGCAUGUCGAAAGUGACCCUCUGCGGCCUUCUGGUCAGCUCCGACGAUAUCAACACACCACUGCAGGAACUGACCGAAGUCUUGGCCUGGAUUCUCGAGGUACAAGUGGAAAUUUUUCUUUAUAAAUGCUUUCAACUGUGCAAACCACUCUUCCACAGGAUUCAGGUCUGGUGAAUAUGGGGAAAGAUAAAGCAACUUCACGCCUGCUUCAUCACACAUCUCCUGAACCCGUGGCCCGCGAUGAAGUGCUGCAUUGUCCAUUACAAGUACCGAGCGUGGUUCAGGCCACCUGCCACAACGAGGGAGGAGUUGUUCCAGGAACGCCUCGAAGACAGCGCCAUCAGUGGUGCCUUGGUAAAUGUGGGCAUACAAAACUCCGUCACAGGUGAAGGCCGGCAGGAUAUCGUUGGCCUCGCUGAAACCGAGCAAUCUGGACAGGUGUCACUCCCAAGGGAGACCAGCCAGUUCGACGAAAGCCCGCGGUGUUAUCGCAGCCAGUCUCGUCCACGUACACGAGGUGAUCCUUAUCAAAUGAGGAUAGAUCGUGGAGAUACAUAUCACGCAGAUCUGGACAUUGCUCCAUCGCUAUUCUACGAGCCACCUUUUUUGACCAACCAGCCUUCCUCAGAGCCCGGCCUAUGGUAGAUGUGGAGAGCGUUUCGCCAAAGUUGUCGAAUAGGAAGAUGGCCAUCUCAUCCUGCUGCAGACAGGGUUUCUGGCCGAGGAGGGUGAGGAGUGCUUUGAGCAUCGGAUCGGUCAUAGAACGCGGACGUCCGCCAUACCCAUUGUACGGCGCUUUUGUACUGCCAAAGCGUUGAGGUUUGUGCGGUACGCACUGACUGUCCGAGAACUGAAAAUCGGCCACAUCUGCUAUCUGGUGGUUUGUCAGUGAAGUCUCUUCUAUCAUUCCUCGAAUCUCCAUCCGCUGUGAGGCUGAGAUGUUUGGUGCCAUAGUCACCGCACCCCGGUUGUAAGCAUUGGAGCAGGCUUCCCAUCAAACUUCUGCCUACAGGAAGAUUGAGAUGAUUUCAGAGAGAGAGAGAAUCUUUUCAAAGCCUGGCAGACAGGCUGCACCAUUUCAUGAAGCGAAUUCAGCACACAUUACAGUAGCAGGCUGUUCCAUUUCUCUCGACGAUUCGGGUCCCGACGAUAUGUGAAAUUGGACAAUUCCAGAGUGAGGGUGGUUUCACUUCCUGAAUCGUCACGAGACCGUCACGUGCAGCCUUUCUUGGCGACGCCUAUCACGUGAUAAUUUUGCCAUCCAACUGUGGCUAUGCUAUAGCUAAUGCUCAGCCACAGCCUCAGCUGUUGUCGACCUUCUCGCGCAUCCGAUGCCCCAGCCUAAGCUCUGUCUCCUCUUGGAAACACAACGCUUCUUCGUUAUACCUACUCUCGAUCUACAGCAUCUGUUUGACUCGCUAUUCGAUCCCCCUGAUGAUCUGGAAUGUCGAUUGCACCGCCAAAAAGUAGACGCGAGGCCGUGCGUCGCUGGUUCCGCCGCUCCGACCCGAUCGUGCCCCUCCCGCCGUCAUCCGCAGUCCUGGUCCCAAACCCACCGCCAAGCUCUACUCAGUUGCCCUUCGAAGACCGCGUACUCUCACUGUUAUCGCAGCAAGAUCAGGACAUAAUUCGCCCACACCUCGUGUCCUUGACUGGUGACAUUGAUUCCGUGAUUCGGAGUACAUUCACCGCCACACAACAGGCACAAGCGAUCAGCCAAGCGAAGAGAUGGACAACGACAUUCCGCGGCCGUACGAUUGUCGUGCGGGAAGAGGUGGAUAAGAUUGUGGCAUGGUUGGACCGGUUCAAGGAUGUCGGGGACUUGGCUGCUAGUACUGAUCCUGUGCAUGUCGGGCUGCCGUGGGCGGGCAUUCGUCUUUUGCUCGAGGUGGCCACCUCUGAACAUAACCAGACGGCGGCCCUUGUUCUUGGAGUCGAAACUGCUCUCUACCUGUCAAACCGCUUGCGUGUGUACAUGGCCUUUUUGGCUAGGUUGGCAGAUACGCCAGCACGUCAGAACUUUGCGGCAUGCCUUCUGGAGUUUCACGCGAUGAUCCUUCGAUUCCUGGCCCAAGCGAUCCGGAUCUAUCAACAAGGAAGCAUGGCUCGUGGAUUCAAAGCUUUUUGGCACGUCGAGGAUAUUUUGCAGUUCCAGGACAAUUGUUACAAGAUAGCGAGUCGGGCCGAUAUUGAAGCGAACAAUUGCGAUCGAGAUGUUGUCCAAAAAAUUGAAACGCAGCUACAAUCUCUUGAAUUGGUUCGGAACGGCAUCGACAGGAUCGAAAGAAAACUCGACAGGCUCUCAACGAAGGUGGACCUGAAGCUCCCUGUGGCGAUUGGUGCGGCCUUUAAUUCCUAUCAAGAUGAACUCGACGCGCGAUGCCUCCCAGGUACUCGAGUCGACCUCCUCCAAUCCAUUGAUGACUGGUCCAAUCAAGACCGAAGCGAGCCUAUCUUUUGGCUCAGUGGCAUGGCCGGUACGGGGAAAUCGACCAUCUCUCGCACGGUGGCACAAACAUUCUUUGACCGAAGUCAGCUGGGGGCCAGUUUCUUCUUCAAACGAGGCGAAGCCGACCGUGGAAAUGCGAGUCUGUUCUUCUCGACGAUUGCGGGCGACCUGAUUUGUCAGGAAUCCGCAUUACAGGAGUAUGUUCAGCAAGCAAUCGAAGUUGAUCCGGGUAUCACGAGCCGGACGCUCAAGGAGCAAUUUGACCACUUAAUCUUUCAGCCCCUCGCGUCUCUCCAACCCAUGCCGGCAACGAAGCUGAUCAUUGUCAUCGACGCUCUCGACGAAUGCGAGAGAGAGGGAGAUAUACGCACCAUCAUCGCUCUUCUGGCUCGCCUGCGAGAGCUAGGCACGAUCCGCUUACGGGUCUUCCUGACGAGCCGGCCUAAAUUACCAAUUCGUCUUGGAUUCACGCAGCUAAAUGAGGGUAGCCAUCGAGACGUCAUUCUACACGAAAUUCCGCCCUCCAUUAUCAAACAUGAUAUCUCCAUGUAUCUUCGGCAUGAAUUUACGCUUAUCCGAAAAAUUCAUGGCUCUCUUGCCACUGCAUUCCAAUCAUUGGAUCCCUCUUGGCCCGGCACGGACGUAUUGGCCGACCUAACUCGACUUUCGGUGCCACUUUUUAUCGUUGCUGCCACCAUAUGCCGGUUUAUCGGAGAGUUAAAAGGUAACCCCGUUAAGCGGUUGGAAAAGAUAUUGCGUCAGCCGGUGGGAGAAAGGUCCCAAUUAGAGCGAACCUAUCUCCCCAUUCUCGGCCAGAUACUCACCGGUGAAGAUGAUGAAGAAAUCAACGAUAUCCGCCAAAGUUUUCGUAGUAUUGUCGGAUCGAUUGUCCUUCUUGCGAACCCUCUCUCUGCUGUAUCUGUCACCAAGUUACUCAAUGUGCCGCUCCCUGAUGUGAACGAACUUCUCCAAUCUCUCCAUUCUGUGCUCUGGGUGCCCGCCGACCCUGACGCACCCAUUCGCCUUCUCCAUCUCUCCUUUCGCGAAUUCCUGGUGAAGAAAAGCCAUGGCGACUCAGGGCAACAGAUGACGAUCGAUGAAUGCUCGACACAUGGAGAGCUAGCUGACCGAUGCCUCAUUGUCCUUCGGAGCUCUGACGGGUUACGGAAGGAUCUCUGCCAACUCCAGCAGCCUGGGGCGCUUCAAGAAUCGAUUGAGCGUACUACUAUCGAGAGACAUAUUCCUCCGCAUGUUCAGUACGCGUGUCGCUACUGGAUUCACCAUGUGCAAGCUAGUGGACGAAAGAUCCACGAUGGAGAUCAAGUGGACAUCUUCCUCCGUAAACACUUUCUCCAUUGGCUGGAGUGCCUCAGCCUUCUUGGGUAUAUGUCGGAGAGUAUCAGCAUGAUCGGUAGCUUAAGAUCUAUUGCGGCCGAAGUUGAUAGCUAUUUCGCGGCCUUUAUUGACGACGCUCGACGAUUCAUUCUCACUUAUCAUUUCGUCAUUACGCAGGCGCCCCCCCAAGUUUAUGGCGCCGCUUUGCAUUUUAGCCCCUCACAAAGCAUCACUCGCCAAAUCUUCCCUGAACAAAAAUACAGCGGUGUCGAAGUCCUGAGCGACAUACCUAAGCAAUGGAGUUCAUGUCUACAAACAUAUGAAGGUCAUUCCGACGCGGUCAUCAGCGCGGUGUUCUCACCUGACGGAUCACUCAUGGCAUCGGGCUCCUACGAUAACACGGUGCGGAUAUGGGAUGUGCAGACGGGUCAGUGUCGACAUCAACUUGAAGGCCAUUCUCAUUCGGUCACCAGCGUGGCGUUCUCACACGACGGAUCACUCGUGGUAUCGGGCUCCUACGACAAGACAGUGCGAGUGUGGGAUGUUCAGACGGGUCAGUGUCGACAUCAGCUUGAAGGCCAUUGUGACGGGGUCACCAGCGUGAUGUUCUCGCCCGAUGGAUCACUAGUGGCAUCGGGCUCUCGGGACAAGACGGUGCGGAUAUGGGAUGUUCAGACGGGUCAGUGUCGACAUCAGCUCGAAGGCCAUUGUGACGAGGUCACCAGCGUGGUGUUCUCACCCGACGGAUCACUCGUGGCAUCGGGCUCCUGGGACAAGACGGUGCGGAUAUGGGAUGUUCAGACGGGUCAGUGUCGACAUCAGCUUGAAGGCCAUUCCGACUGGGUCAACAGUGUGGUGUUCUCACCCGACGGAUCACUCGUGGCAUCGGGCUCCUGGGACAAGAUGGUGCGGAUAUGGGAUACUAUUAACGCGACAGGAGUAGCAUGCCACCAUUCAGGAACUCAUCAAAACGAAAUCAAAUUUAAUGGUGCUAACUCGAACAUUUGGAUUAACGGCUAUCCUCUGACUCUGCCAUCACAAGCACGACCAUCACGAUUGGCUAGUCAACCAUUAUCGGCCAAUAGAAGUGUGCGUAGCAGCUUAGGUAUCACUAACCGAUGGAUAGUCCGGAAUUCUGAGAGGAUCUUGUGGCUGCCUCCUGAAUAUCGCCCGGGACGCUGGACAUGUUUUGCGAAGUAUAUCGCGAUAGGAACCGACUCCGGUCGUGUCGUCAUUAUCCGCUAUCUGGACGAAGGAGAGGUGUGA